CCAUUACCACAGAACCUUCUACUCCCUCCACCACCACCAUGCGCCCCGCCGUCAAGCUGCCGCGAAACUCUACCACCGCCCUCCACCGUCCACCUCAACCGCCGCCGUUAACGGACGUCGAAAUCAUUUCUCUCGCCCAACACCACGGCGACAUCUCCUCCCAGCUCCCACCCUUCCUCCUCUCCGAAUCCUCACACCCAACCCUUCUCUCCUUCCUCCACUCACGCGCCUCCGCGGCCACACCCAACUCCUCCUCAUCCGUCUCCGACUACGUCUCCUCCCUCCUAUCCCUCAUCUCCCGCCACCCCUCCUCCGCCCUAUCGUCCCUCCUUCCGCCCCUGCUCCACUCAUACCUCUCCCUCUUCACUUCCCACAAGAUCCCACACGACCGCAACUCCUUAUCCACGCUCCAGCAACUCGUGGGCUACAUCGACUCAGUCGAAAUUAGCGAGUUACCUAAACUCAUCGACUCAAUCACAUCGUACCUCCCCCAAAUCAACGAUUUGGAAGAUGUCCAUCUCUUGAUUCUCCUCCCAAAGUGCGUCGAAUUGGUCAGAAUAUCGAACGAAAUCGAUAAGCCCGUCGAAUACAUAAGCUCGGUUAUCGACGCUCUCCUUAAUUGCGACUGGAGCAAGGUUUUGCUGAUCAAAAUGGUGCAAAUUGUCCGGGAUUUUUCGUCCUGUAUCGAUAAAGUGAGAAAGAGUGAGUUCUUGGAAAAGAUUUUCGCGAAAAUGAGGGACGACGUCGAAAUACAGGAUCUGCCGGGGCUGGUUUAUCAGUUGUUGGUACUGGCAACAAAAGGUUUCGGAAAACGACAAGUGAUCGAAGGCGUUGUGUUGUAUUUCGGGGGUACGAAAAAGGCGGGUUCGAUAAUGAAGCAAGUGGAGGGGACGGUUUUGCUUCACGUGAAUUUUGCGGUGAAGCAGGACACGUCGUUGGGGCAGGAGGUUUUGGGUUUGGUUCGAUUGGAUUCGAGGGCAUUUAAUCAUUUUACUGUUUUGAUUCUGUUGUCGAUUGCUAGAAUCAGGAGAUUCAACGAGAGUGCGGUUGCUGUUCUGAAAACGGCGCUGCUUAAUGCUUAUAAAGAUUAUAAGUUUGCAAAAGUGUGUAGAUGGCUACCGGAUGAACUGAAGGAGGAAUAUGUGGAGAAAGCUCGAGCAAUAGAAAAGGCGAUUCUUAAAGCUGUGAAUGCAAGCCAUUAUGGCAGAGAACAUAUUUUACCCAGUAUAGUACAAUUUGGAUUUGGAUUACUCGAAGGGGUAGAAGAGGGAACCCAAAAAGAAGUCUCGAAAUCGGACGGGCUAAUGGGUACCGAGGAGCUCGGUGCUCAGGUGCUAAAAUGCUUGUUUGAAGUACACGACAUGUCAAGAAACGAGAUAAUCGAGCAAUCAAAAUUACACGUUCUUUCUCUGAAGCCUGAACGUUGCUUCCCCAUACUAAGAUUGCUUGAGUAUCUCGUCCAGGUUCAUCCGCAUCCGAUGUUGGAACACGUGUCGCACUUGAAAGAAAUGCUGGAUUAUUUCGCAUUUAUGGACGAUAAGAUUUCUUAUCGCCUUGUUACUGUUCUACUCCCUCUCGUCAAGUUCAGUCGUGAUCUUAAGGAUUACGUCAUCUUGGUUUUACGAAAGGCUAUGUUUAGACGAGAAAACACAGUUCGUCUUGCUGCAUUAAACGCCAUUUUGGACCUCAUUUUAGCUGAAAAACAAUCAAAAGCAGACGGGCUUUUUUCGUUUCAAGAAUCAAGCAGUCAGGCGAGUUGCAGCCAACAAGCUGAAGUACCUCAACCGACUAAGGCGGACCUUUUCCAAGAACUUAGUGGUGUGCUUCAAAGAUGCCUUUAUCAGCAGGCGAAUGUCCGGGAGAAUUUGUACAAUGGUUUAGUGAAGCUUGUUCUGGUGGACCCGCUAACUGCCGGCACCGUAUUUGAUUUUCUCUUGUUCCACUUCCAGCGAUUUUACAGAGAGGAUGCAGAGGUGGUUCAGUUAGGUAUCGAUCAAUGUCUGAAACUCGAAAACGGAAAAUUUUGUAUCGAAGAGCCGCUCGACUGCCUUCUCUUUUGUGUAUCUUGGAUUCUUCUCCUCCAACCGCAAAUUAGGUCCGAUCAGCCUUCAGAGUCGCAACCUUGUUUUGGCUUCUCCAUCACUCAAGACAACGAGGUGAUUGGGAAAUCUCUGUCGGGAGAGUCGUUCUCAAAUGCUGUCACAAAGAUCCGGAAGUUUCUGAGAAUGAGAAUUUGGAAGUUAGGUCUGCUGGGCAAAAAUCAAGAUUCGGGCUCGACACCGAUAGAAGAAGAAAAACGGAGGUGUUCAGCUACACUAAUAUUGGGGAUUAUUGAGGUUCUAAUGAACAACAUUGUCGCUGAGCUGGCGAAAGCUGCUGAUGCACAGAAAUCGGAACUGGAGAAGGAGCUUUCUCAGUUUGUCGAGAUUCACGAUUCUGUGGAGAAAUAUACAUCCAAUUCUAGACAGUGCAGUGGAAAUAGAAAAUCAAUAAUACGGCCUAGUGCUAGCGAUUCUUCUCAUAAUAAUAAACUUGCUUUAGGCACUACCAAGUUGACUAUCGAACGAACUCCUCUUUUGUCAACUUCGACCAUCCAUCGGCUCUUGCAACUUGCACUAGAGUUAUGGGAACUUGAUUCUUCGAAGAAAAAUAGCCAACUUUCCUCUGGCAAAGCACAAGCUCUAAAUCUUAAAACUUUAUCUUGCGUUCUACAACUCUGCCUUCGUCAACUGAAAUUUUUCUCUUUCGUCGGAAAAGACGAUCCACUGAAAAAAUUGAUCUAUGGUGAAAUUAAGCUUAUCGGGCCUUCAGUAAUGAAUAUAAUUUUGUCUCUCAAGGCUGUGCCGAAAUCCGAGAGAGAUAGUAGUAAGAAAGAACCAAAGGGAAGGAAAGAUUUCGAAGAUAGGCUGGAAUAUAUUCAUUCGGCCUUGCUUUGUUUGAAAAGACUAAUCGAGAUAAGCUUGCAUUCCUCAAAGUACGCAGGUUUGAUCGAGGAUUUGGUGUCGGCCAAUCGAGUCGACGAUGCUUCAACUGCUGCUGUGGGUGAUGAAGAGUGUGAAUUAGCCGAAGGCAUUGAUGACCAAAGCACGAAAAGCAAAGAAUUAUUCAUCAAGAAGAGUAUAGAGCCACUACUGAACGAGUUUCUUGAUUUUUCUUUCUUCCGCGAAGCUGAGAUUCUCUGCGACAUAGUACUGAUGAUUGGCAACACGUUGCCUGAAGAAAGGAGGAAUAUUCUUGGAUCAUGGACGAUGAAAAUCGUCAAAACCAGUCAUAUAUCAAACUCAAAGGUUGCAAAAUGUUUAGUCUUAACUGCGGUUAACUUAACCUCGCCUCCUUCAGACUUUAUUAUUGCCGAAAAUAUGUCUGCAGAACUUCUAACAGUCGUUGGAUCGGAGGGUCCCACCGGUCCCACUGAGCCUUUAGAUAUGUCCCAAAAAUUCCCCGUUAUAAACAAAUCAACAUGCGCUGCAAUAGCUUCAACUAUAUUGCAGUCGGUUGAGUCAACCAUUCUUGAUAUUGACUCGAUUAUGACAAGGCUGAAGACAUACUACGUAGCUACUCAGAAAAGCGCUUCGUUUAAUCGGAGUGGCGAAACGGCUACAGAGUUAGCAGUUGAAGAGAUACUAUAUUCGAGAGCAGAAGCUGUUGUCGAAGUCCUGUCGCAUUUUGUUGCGAUGAAUUUAAAGGAAAUACAAGCAGAGCAUUUGCUGAGAUUGUCGGCGAAGUUUUACAAGAAUCUAUCGAAAUUAUCGAAGCUGAGAAUUGCUCUAAAGGGGUGCAAGCAAGGAAAUAACGUGCAGGACGAGAGGCUAGUGGAAAUAACGUGCAGGAAAUUAACAGCACCUAUUUAUAAUUUCAUGGCUCAAAUGCAGAAGAAUCAACAAGAGAGCAACAAAACGAAAGGGAUAGUAAAUAAAAUCAAGAGGGAAAACAAAUACAUACCGGACUUGAUUUUCCAGAUAGAAGACUACGAAAAGUAUCUGAUCCAGCUCAGCAAGGCCACGAAGGUCAAUUUGUUGAGGCAUGCGAAACGGAGCACGUCUCGUGACUUCAAAAUUGUCGAGCCGGUGAAUCAAGAAAAUGAAAAUGGAUCGGCUGAAGGGAGUGGCGGCGAAGAGGGAGAAACCGACAGCUGUCAGUUGCCUGAACGGAGUGGACCGGUGGCUGAAGAGGAGGAUAGUGAGGAUGAAGACGAAGACGAAGAUGCUCUCGUUCGAGUUAAAAGAGCGAAAACGAGUUUAGUUGUGCAGGACUCAUCAGAUGAAGAAGUAUGAAUAUAGCUAGAAAUAGUUUGUGUUGAAUUUUUGGUUAUUAAUAUUUAAAAGGGUAAAUUGCACUUCA